AGUGGGCGUGGCGGCGCUGCCCAGGUGAGCCACUGCUUCUGCCCAGACACGGUCGCCUCCACAUCCAGGUCUUUGUGCUCCUCGCUUGCCUAUUCUUUUUCCAAGUGCUUUCCAGGACAACUGCGACUCCAGGACCACAAUGGAUGCCCUGCAACUGGCCAAUUCGGCUUUUGCUGUUGACAUGUUCAAAGAACUAUGUGAAAAGGAGCCAGUGGGCAACGUCCUCUUCUCUCCAAUCUGUCUCUCUACCUCUCUGUCACUUGCUCAAGUGGGUGCUAAAGGUGACACUGCAAAUGAAAUUGGAAAGGUUCUUCAUUUUGAAAAUGUCAAAGAUGUGCCCUUUGGAUUUCAAACAGUAACAUCGGAUGUAAACAAACUUAGUUCCUUUUACUCACUGAAACUAAUCAAGCGGCUCUACGUAGACAAAUCUCUGAAUCUUUCUACAGAGUUCAUCAGCUCUACAAAGAGACCCUAUGCCAAGGAAUUGGAAACUGUUGACUUCAAAGAUAAAUUGGAAGAAACGAAAGGUCAGAUCAACAACUCAAUUAAGGAUCUCACAGACGGCCACUUUGAGAACAUUUUAGCUGACAAUAGUGCGAACGACCAGACCAAAAUCCUUGUGGUGAAUGCCGCCUACUUUGUUGGAAAGUGGAUGAAGAAAUUUCCUGAAUCAGAAACCAAAGAAUGUCCCUUCAGAGUCAACAAGACUGACACCAAACCAGUGCAGAUGAUGAACACGGAGGCCACGUUCUGUAUGGGAAACAUUGACAGUAUCAAUUGUAAGAUCAUAGAGCUUCCUUUUCAAAAUAAACACCUCAGCAUGUUCAUCCUGCUACCCAAGGAUGUGGAGGACGAGUCCACGGGCUUGGAGGAGAUCGAAAAACAACUGAACUCAGAGUCGCUGGCACAGUGGACUAAUCCCAGCACCAUGGCCAACGCCAAAGUCAAACUCUCCAUACCCAAGUUUAAGGUGGAAAAGAUAAUUGAUCCCAGGGCUAGUCUGGAAAAUCUAGGGCUGAAACAUGUCUUCAGUGAAGACACAUCUGAUUUCUCUGGAAUGUCAGAGACCAAGGGAGUGGCUUUAUCAAAUGUUAUCCACAAAGUGUGCUUAGAAAUAACCGAAGAUGGCGGGGAUUCCAUAGAGGUGCCGGGAGCCCGGAUCCUGCAGCACAAGGAUGAAUUCAAUGCUGACCAUCCCUUUAUUUACAUCAUCAGGCACAACAAAACUCGAAACAUCAUUUUCUUUGGCAAAUUCUGUUCUCCUUAAGUGGCAUAACCCAUGUUAAGUCCCCCUGACCUUUCUGUGGAUGCCAAUUUCUGUAAUCUCUGCAUCCAGAGAGUCCUUUUCUAGAUACAAUAAAUUGCUACUGUUGCUGGAUUAGGAAGCUGCCAGUACUUGUCAUAUGUAGCCUCCACACAGAUAGACCUUUCUUUUCCACUUCUAUCUUUUGUUUCCUUUUUUUUCCCCAUUAAAGACAAUGAUACAUGCUGUUAAAGGAAAGGAAUCACCUUAGAGGAAAAAUAUUUCCUCAUUAUUUGUCAAAUUGUCCAGGUAGUUGGCAGAAAUACAAUCUUCCACAAAGAAAGUUCCUGUGAGGAAGAUCCGGGACUCUUCUUCCCAGCACAAUGCCUUUCUUCUUUGGGAUAGAGAAUAUUUCAGACAUUCUCACUUCCCUGAAAGACCAAAGAAACUGUGGUGCAUGGGACCAUGAAACCGCCCUGGUUCCAGUGAAACUUGAGCUCAUGCUCAGGUUACUAUAGCUCCAGAAGUCCUGAUGUUCGGCUCUGGCAGGCAGGUGUUUAUUCAAAUUCUGAAUUUUGGGGAUUUUAAAAAGAUAAUAUUGUACACACACUGUAUGUUAUGAAACUUCAUUGAUGGGAUCUGGGGCAGCACCCUAUAAAUCCACACCUUAAUAUACUGCAACAAAAUGUAGGAUAUUCAGACAAAAUAGAGAAAUCAAGACUAAGUAGCCCAUACAGGGUCAAAUUUUGCUGCCAAAUGAGUAUGUCUCCAACUUGCAAAAACACUUUGUUCGCAGAACUUCUCAGAUUCUGGAAUAUUGGGUAAGGAAUUAUAGACCUCUAGUAGCUGAAAUGCAAGACCCCAAGGCAAAGUUCAGAUCUUAUUAAAAAUUCACUUUCAUUUUUGAUAGCUGUCCCACCUGGUCAUUUGGUUGGCACUAGACUGGUGGCAGGUUCAUGGAUUACUUCUCUACAAAAAAUAUGUAUUUACUGAAGAUUUUGUGGCAUUUCUUCUCCCAUCUCUUCCUUGCCAUUCAUUGUAAAUAGAUUUUUCUUGUUCUGAGGUUCAAUAUUGAAUUUCUCCUAUGCUAUUGACAAUAAAAUAUUAUUGAAUUACA